AUGGAAGGAAAGCAAAAAUUCCUCCAUGGAACACUUGAAGCUACCAUCUUUGAUGCAACACCUUAUUCACCUUCAUUUCCCUUCAAUUGUAUAUUUAUAAAAGGAAACCCCACUUACGUGACUAUCAAGAUAGGCAACAAGAAGGUAGCAAAGACGAGCCAUGAAUCUGAUCGAGUUUGGAAUCAAACCUUUCAAAUUCUGUGUGCUCACCCUCUGGAUUCAACAAUCACCAUUGCCAUGAAAACAAAGUGCUCCGUCUUGGGAAAAUUCCACAUCCAAGCACAUAAGAUAGUCACCGAGGCAAGCCUAAUUAAUGGGUUCUUUCCACUCGAAAUGGAAAACGGAAAGCCGAAUCCUGAGCUCAAACUCAGGUUCAUGUUAUGGUUCAAACCAGCAGAACUUGAGCCGACUUGGGCAAAUAUACUCAAUAAUGGUGAAUUCCAGGGACUAAGAAACGCUACAUUUCCUCAAAGAUCCAAUUGCCAUGUUACACUCUAUCAAGAUGCUCACCAUUGUUCUGGUUUUCAGCCUCCAUUUGAUCUUUGUGGAUCUCCUAGAAAGUUAUGGGAGGAUGUAUAUAAAGCUAUUGAAGGAGCAAAGCAUUUGAUUUAUAUUGCAGGCUGGUCUUUCAAUCCCAAGAUGGUGUUAGUUAGGGAUCCUGAAACUGAAAUGCCUUAUGCUAGAGGAGUAAAGCUUGGAGAAUUGUUAAAGGGAAAAGCAGAGGAAGGUGUGGCAGUGAGAAUUAUGCUCUGGGAUGAUGAAACAUCCUUGCCCGUCAUUAAGAACAAAGGUGUAAUGAGAACUCAUGAUGAGGAUGCCUUUGCGUACUUCAAACAUACUAAAGUAAUAUGCAAAUUAUUCCCAAGAUUGCACCAUAAGUUCCCUACUCUCUUCACUCACCAUCAGAAGACCAUAACUGUAGAUGCACGACCACAGAAUUCGAUAAGUGAGAGAGAAAUUAUGAGUUUUGUUGGUGGGUUAGACCUUUUUGAUGGCCGCUAUGACACAGAGAAACAUUCCUUGUUUCGCACACUCAACACAGAAUCGCAUUGUUUUGACUUCUAUCAGACAAAUAUUGCUGGUGCUAGUCUUCACAAAGGAGGGCCUAGAGAGCCAUGGCAUGAUGUUCAUGCUUGCAUUGUCGGUGAGGCUGCUUGGGAUGUACUAACCAACUUUGAGCAAAGGUGGAAUAAGCAAUGUGACAGUUCUGGUUUAGUCCCUACCAGCUCCAUACCAAAUCUCGUACACCACCCUUUUCCUUCAAGCGUUUCCAAUGACAGAAAUUGGAAAGUGCAAGUUUUUCGGUCGAUAGACCACGUUUCAGCAACCCAAUUGGCUAGAAACUUGAGGGUGGAGAGAAGUAUACACGAAGCUUAUGUAGAGGCUAUUAGGCGUGCAGAGAGGUUUAUAUACAUCGAGAACCAAUACUUCAUAGGAGGGUGUCAUUUGUGGGAUGAGGAUCGGCACUGUGGAUGCACAAAUCUAAUACCUAUUGAGAUUGCACUUAAGGUAGUGAAUAAGAUCAGAGCAAAUGAGAGAUUUGCAGUGUAUAUAUUGAUACCAAUGUGGCCUGAAGGGGUGCCGGAUAGUGAACCGGUUCAGGACAUAUUGCAUUGGACUAGACAAACAAUGGCAAUGAUGUACAAACUAAUCGGAGAAGCAUUACGAGAAAGUGGUGAGCCAGGGCACCCAAGAGAUUACUUGAACUUCUUUUGCCUUGCAAAUAGGGAAGCGGAGAUCAAGGGGGAGUUUCUUCCUCCAUAUUCACCUCAUCCCUCAACACAAUAUUGGAAUGCACAAAAGCAUAGAAGGUUCAUGGUGUAUGUCCAUUCCAAGCUCAUGAUAGUGGAUGAUGCUUGCUUACUGAUAGGAUCUGCAAAUGUGAAUCAAAGAUCAAUGGACGGCAGACGUGACACUGAAAUUGCAGUGGGAUGCUACCAACCGAAAAACGAUGCGAACAUGAGUAAUCCUAGGGAUAUCCUAGCGUACCGUAUGUCACUAUGGUAUGAGCACACAGGACUUGCUGAAGAAAAUUUCCUAGAGCCUGAAAGUUUUGGAUGUGUAGAAAAAAUGCGUCUAAUAGGAGAGAAAAUGUGGAACGUUUACAGCGGUGAAGAAGUUGUGGACAUGGAAGGUGUGCACCUAGUAAAUUAUCCUUCGAGAGUAACGAAGGAUGGUUUUGUUGAAGAUCUUGUUGAUGGAGGUGAAGCUGUGGUAUUGAGUUUUACUGCUUGCUUUGGUCACCACACUACAUCCAAGAAGUUGCAAUACACCAUCAAUGACCUCCGUAGGAUAGCUAGCAAUUCUCUCUUUACGGUCAAUGAAGUUGAGGCAUUGCUUGAGUUGUUCAAGAAGUUGAGCAGUACUAUUGUUGAUGAUGGCCUCAUACACAAAGAAGAGCUCAAAUUGGCGCUGCUGAAAACUCCAGCAAGUGAAAACAUCAUCUUGGACAGGUUAUUUGCCCUUUUCGACGAGAAGGAAAAUGGGGUUAUUGAAUUUGAGGAAUUUGUCCAUGCACUCGGUGUUUUUCAUCCUCGUGCUCCUAUGGAGGCUAAAAUCGAUUUCACAUUUAGGUUGUAUGAUUUGAGACAGACUGGAUUUAUCGAGCGGGAAGAAGUGAGUAUCCCUAUGUGUUCAGACAUAACUGAAACAUGGGUUCAGCAAAUGGUAAAUGCCAUUUUGUUGGAAUCUGACUUGCAGAUCUCAGAGGAAAGUCUUGAAUUUAUCAUUGAUAAGACAUUUGCAGAUGCUGAUGCAGACAAGGAUGGUAAAAUUAACAAGGUAGAAUGGAAGGCAUUUGUUACUCAGCACCCAGCCCUGUUGAAAAAUUUGACCCUUCCUUGUUUGAAGUAA